UUCGUCUCCCUCGGUCCAGUACGGAAAAAUCUCAUUUUCGUUUUAGACUUUUGGCCCUUCAGAGCUGUUCAAAAUUAGUAGUAAAUUUUAUGCACGAUUUUUAGAGUACAGAGCACAAUAAUAUUUGGUUACUUUUCUAAACUAACGAUAAGUUUGAGGAGCAAAAGCGGUUUACCAGCGCAGCAUAAAUAGAUACCCUGUCCAGAUUCCCCACUCCAGCCACCAUGUCCCAGGGCAACAGGCGUUCGCAGAGCGUGAACCGGCCCCCGCCCUACGCCCUGCAUCGCGGCAUCCGCAACAUCUCGGAGUGCCGCAGAUGUCAGCAGAUCGACCCGACCCUGCUGGAUCCCCUGGACUCGCGUCGCAUCCAGCAGCAGCUGGCGAUGGUCUUCCUGCGGGUUCGGCCCGAAAGCGAGCCCUCGGACCACGUGGACCUGGGCCAAACGGAGGAGCAGCGGAAGCAGCGGAAGCUCAUGUACAGCGAGCGCCCGUGGAUGAUGAUCAAGCCGCCGCACACCAUCCUGGUCAGCCGGUCGGCCAUGCCGGCGGCCCCGGGCGCCGCCACUGGAGCUCCGGGCGUGGGCACUGGGCCGCCGAGGGCGCAGCCCAACUAUGACAUCGAGUUCCGGUUCCGGCGGAUCUUCAGCGAGCGGGCCUCGUCGGCGCUGGUCUACAAGCACAUAUCGGAGCCGAUCCUGCGGCAGGUCUUCCUCGGCGGCAGUGGCCUCAUCCUGAUCACGGGCGCCCCCGGCAGUGGGAAGACUCACUCGCUUCUCGGCUCCCGGGACUGCCAGGGCGGCGGCAUCCUGCGUCGCACCUUGGAGUCCAUCUUCCGUUGCACCGGCUCCGACCUGGUGGAGCGCUAUCUCGUUCAGGCGAACAACCAUGGCGCCGGAUUCACCUGCGUCCCGGCGAGAACGGCCCAGAAAUUGGCCGCCCAGGAGGAUCGCAUGCUACAGGGCUCCGAGCCGUCCGCGACCACGCCGAAUCGUCCGGAGUGCCGUUGGCAAUUGAACGGCGUGAAGAUCCACACCAACCAUAAGCGACGGGCCUGCUUCCUGGGCGCGAUGAUCGUGCAGGACGGCUGCUUCUACGAUCUGCUGGACCAUCGCAAUGAGACCGACGGACGUCCUCCGCCGUUGAGUCUGCGGGAGGAUCGCAAGGGCCGGUGCUUCGCCGUGGGCGCAAAUCGCCUAGAGAUCCGAGGCAUCGAAGAGGCGGAGCUCAUGAUCAAGGCGGCCCUGCAGAAGCGGGAUGCGUGGAGCGAUCCGGGCGGCAGCCACCUGGUGAUCAACAUAUAUCUCGUGACCUACGACAACAUCCGGCGGAGUGAGCUCCUCGAGUGCGGCCAGAUUACGCUCGUGAGGCUGCUGACACCCAGCCUGACGGGCGCGGCCAACUCGCGGCGAUCCGGCGGAGCCCUGAAGACGGUCUACACGGUGCGCAACUGCAUCAACUGCCUGCACAGCAACCAGAUAGCCGUCCUGAAGGGCAAACCGCCCAAGAAGAAGCCCCCCUCCAGGGAGUGCAGUCUCACCCAGCUGCUGCGGCACUUCUUCGAUGUGCGCAACCUGGCCUGCGUCGUCUGCCUGGCCACCAUCACCCAGGAGCGCGGCCAGGUGCUGGACAACAUACGGGCCCUGCGGUUUGCCGAGGAGACCGUCUACAUCAACGGGGACUGUUUGAAUGACGGCGAGGAAGAGGAGAAGCCCAAGGACGCCGAUUCGGGCCUUUUCGCCACAUUCCUGGACAAGAACUUCAGACCAAAUUUCCGGGCCAUCCGCACGGUCCUUCCCAUCGACCUGCCGCCCUAUACGCAGGUCCAGUCGCUGAUCGACACUCUGAAGUCCCAGAUAACACGGCGCAAGCAUUUGAUGGUGUCCUCCAAGACGCUUAGCAAGGACUUCCUGGAACGAAUGCACGGCCGACGGGACGAGAUAUUCGCCCUGCAGGCCACGGCCCUCAAGGAGCUGAGACGGACCAUUUACGAGACCUCCAGCCUGGUGGACCAACUGGAGGUGGUCCACGAGCCGGUGAGCUAUGGCAAGAUCUCCGUGCAGGCCCAGCAGGCCGAAAAGCGGGCCCAGAUCUCGGAGAACCUGCUUCACGGACGCAAUGAGCAGUUGGAGCGCCAUGUCAGUCAGUCCGAGGGCACGGAGACCGUGGAGCCAACUGGGGAUGCCAGGAAGCGCAAGGCCCAAAAGGAAGAAUCGGUCAAAACUCAACCUAUCUGGCAUCACUACUAGAAACCCAUCCCAGUUCCAGUCUUAUGUGAUCUCAUCUUAGAAAGAACCUUCAUUUCGAAUGUAUAUCUCUAAGGAAUUACUGCGCACUUAUGAAUACUGGAGCAAAUCUGAUUUGUGCCAAAAGGAUGAAGUGGAUACUCGACCUGUCUGGCAUCACUUCUCAGCACCCAACACAUUCUGAUCCUGUGUUCUAGUGAGAUGUGACCACAUCUUGGAAAGUACCUUUAUUUCGAGUAUAUAUCUCUAAGGAAUUUCACUUCUAUCAUCUUUGAAGUCUAGAGAAAUAGAGAAACUAUUUACGGACCGGUGGCUUAUUACAAAGGGAUGAAAAUGUCAAAACUCAACCUGUCACUUCUGAUCCUUUGAAAGUAACUUUAUGUUGAAUCUAGUCUAGAAAAAAAUUGAAGUAUGCUAUUAUAUGAGAGGGACUAUUUAUUCAUACUGAUCAUAUGUGAUCUCAUCUUGGAAAGCCCCUUUAUUUCGAAUCAUGGUCUCUUGGGAAUUCACUUCUAUACAUCAAUCUGGAACAAAUGCUAUCAAGCCAUCAUCGAAGAGAGACUAUCUUGAACUGGAGAAUAUUGUAUUAAUCUUGGUGUUGCACGCUUUUGAUCCUUUGUAUGAUUUCAAGUACGUUGAAAAGUAACUAGACAACAAAAAUAUGUUCUUAUAAAAGAUA